CCUGGCCAGGACGCCGUCGUUCGGCCUCGCUGCGAGAGCACUUUCACCGCUCGCAUCACUUUUUUUCGGGCAAACUUGCAAAUUUAUCAGACAGUUCUCUCUCUCACCCUUGCUAAAAUCAUCCCAUUGGACGUACUUUUGGCAUUGAUUUGAAGCCACGAGAACCCUUUGGGGUUGUAAAGUGAAACCCACCAAGGGUUUUUCUAGAGGGGGGAAAUUUCGAGGGCCCUUCGGACCCUUUUUCAUGCGGGAAAAUAUUUCUGCAGGAAGGACUGUGUGUGUGCGUUUCCGGGACGCAACAAAAAAAGGACACACAAGCUAACCCCGCGGGGUGGUUUUGUAGUGAAAGUUGGUUAUUGAGUUAAAAAAAAAGUGGCGGUCAUUACGACGCUACAAUCGGACAGAUGUUCAAUUACACGGAUUUAUUGAUCGAAAAUGUGUUCAAUUGAGUGUAAAACUGAUGUGCUCCCUGAAGCCAACAAAAAUAGGUGAACACUUCCCGGAGAGUAUCGCAGCAUAAUCAUGUUUUAUGCUUCACAAGUGAAUUAUAUCACAUCACAGUGCACAACGAUGGUGAUAAUUUCCGUGAUAAAGUGAAGAGGAUGAGGCACUUGUAGAAAAAGAGAGAGAGAGUGAAGGACCUAUGCCUAUAUACAAAGUGUCCAAGCAAAACUGGCUAAAAGCAACAAACUCUCCUAAAAAGUUUUGUGUCACAACUCAACUUUGCAAGUUCAAUGGAAAAACGUGCAAGACAGACCAUUAGUAGGUACGUCGGCAAUUAGUUAAAUGGAAAUGCUGAGUUCAUUGGACGCUCUGGCGGGAAAGAUCUCUCCUGGUUCAGGAAAAAACAGCCCCAGUCAGCAGGUGGAUAACAAUGCCAACAAAAUUCUACCCAACAUCCAUCCCUACUCCAAGCAGGAGCAUCAACAUGCAAGGGAACAUGUGGCGAUAAAUAAUGGCGGCAGUUCCAACAACAACAACUCCUCAAUCGCCAACAACAACUACGGGUUGUCUGACAAGGAGUUCCCAUCUGAGACGAUUCAGAGUGAGCAACCCGACCCGGACUAUAUUAAGAUGUUCGUCGGACAAGUCCCAAAGACAAUGGAUGAGAAUCAAUUGAGGGAGAUGUUUGAGGAAUUCGGCAGGGUUCACUCAAUCAACGUCCUUCGUGAUAAAGUUACGGGUGUUAGUAAAGGGUGCUGUUUUGUGACGUUCUUCACCCGAAAAGCUGCUCUCAAAGCACAAGAUGCACUCCACAAUGUGAAAACACUUGUUGGGAUGCAUCAUCCCAUUCAGAUGAAGCCGGCUGAUAGUGAGAAUCGGAAUGAACGCAAACUCUUUGUUGGAAUGCUGAAUAAGAAGCUGAGCGAAGAAGAUGUGCGCCAUUUAUUUGAUCAGUACGGUAAGAUUGAGGAAUGUACAGUGCUGCGGGACCAGAAUAAGCAGAGUAAAGGUUGUGCCUUUGUCACAUUUGCUACGAAACAAUGCGCAAUUUGUGCUAUAAAGGCUUUGCACCAAAGCCAGACGAUGGACGGAUGUUCGGCACCACUUGUGGUGAAAUUUGCGGAUACGCAGAAAGAGAAGGAACAGAAGAAGAUCCAACAGAUGCAAGCAAAUCUGUGGAAUAUCGCAGCAGCGAAUAUCAAUAUUCCUCUGUCGCAAACACCAACGACUGUACCGCAACCAAUUCUGCCUAACCCACCGCAACAGACGAGUCCCAUCUUAACGGCUGAAUCCAUCUCACCGGCAUCCUUGCAACUCCUGCAGCAACUUCAAACUGUUGGGCUGCAGCAGCAAUUGCUACAAGCUGGUGAAGCCCACCUAGUGCAGCAGAAGCUGAACUACCUCGCCGGACUUCCGACGCAACAGGAGGCAGCUGUUACGACGGGACUUCUACCAUCGAUGACUGUUCAGAAUCUAGCAGCUCUAGCUGCAAUUUCGCAGCCUUCACUCGCACCAACGCAGCACAACCCAACUGGGCAUCUGACAAAUGCAGCCGCUCUGCUAUGGACUGAUCCAUCAUCCCUGGCGACACCCUUCGUCUCAACGGGGUUGACGCAAUUUGGGGGUGGAAGUAUCCCGAGCCCACUCUCCAGUAUUGCAAUUACAUCAGCUGCAGCCACGGCAGCUGCUGGUAAGCAAAUUGAAGGCCCCGAAGGAUGCAACCUCUUCAUCUACCACUUACCGCAGGAGUUUACGGACACUGAUCUCGCAUCGACGUUCCUACCGUUUGGGAAGGUGAUCUCGGCAAAGGUCUUCAUCGACAAGCAGACCAAUUUGUCCAAGUGCUUUGGUUUUGUGUCCUUUGACAGCCCCGAUGCCGCACAUGCUGCCAUUAAAGCCAUGCAUGGCUUCCAAAUUGGCACAAAGAGGCUCAAGGUGCAGCUGAAGAAGCCAAAGGACGCGUCCAAGCCCUACUAGGCAGGGUCGUUUUGGCUCUUCUGGACGAUCACUUAGCUCAGCUGGGAUUUCUGAAUGUGAGUUGAGGCGUCCUAACUAUUUAAAUGAUAAAAGACAGUGCGCGCGUUCGUGGGAAGUUGGUGUAAUUUUUUUUAAACAAAACAAAAUUUUGAAAUUUUUCGAUAAAAAAAAACAAACUAUUUCACACUGGAGUAUCGUCGUAAUCGUGACACCUUGCCAAACAAUGAAAAAAAAAUUAAGAAAAAAAAUUAUAAUAUAAUUAAUAAUUGUAUUUUGUUCCCAAAUCUUAUAUGCGUUACAGCGUUAUACGAUUUUGAUUGAUUUAGGGAUAUAUAAAACAUUUCCGUAACAUUCUUUGUAAUAUUUUAUAAAUUGGAAUUCAAUGUCUAUUUGAUAAGGAAAACAGAGAGAAGUUCUCGAGUGGAAAAAAAGUGAAUUGUCCAUUCACAAAAAAAAUUUGCCUUACGCCUUUUCUUCUUCUUUCCCAACCCACCCCGAAAAGAAAGAAGUUUUAGUUGUGUCCUAUUUUUUUUAUCAAUUAUAUAGCUAAAUGCGCACGAAGAAACUUAAGUAAAUCCGUGUAGAUUUUUUUUGUACUCAAAUGGAAAAGAAUGAAAACCGAAGAGGAAAUUUUUAACGCACUUUUAGGGAACUGUAAUAGGAGGAAGUCAUUUAUUUAAAAGUGAAUUUUUUUUUAACUGUCCUUAAGUUGAAGUUUACUAUUAUACAAAUUAUAAUUAUGUAUGUGUUAAUAACUGAAUUACUGUGAUAAUCAGUCUGAACACAAAGAAAUAAGUGGAUAUAAAAAUAAGGAAGAAAAAACUUUGAUGAAAUCAUAUCUUGAAAUAAAGAAAAAUAAAUGAAAAAGUUUAUAAAAAAAAAAUGAAGAAAUAAAAUAUUGAAGAAGAAAAAACCAUCGUCGCUAUA